AUGGCAGCCUCUGAGAUUUUGUCUGGUAGCUUGCUAAAACAUGAACUAGUUGAGACAAAAACAGCCCACGUUGCAUCAUUUGUCAUGGUUCUGUUGGAUGUAUUACUUCCACUCCAAAAAAGGCAAAAUGCUUUAGAGAGGAGAAGAGGUAGCCCACAGCCAAUUUUGCCAAAAUAUUUGCAAUCAGCCCAAUUCAUUCUAGCCUUAACUGUGGAUAGGAAGAGCAAAGGACAAUCUUUUAGACAGGGGGUGUAUUGUAAAGAUCAACAAAUAACUUACCCUUUUCAAAUUUGGCAUAGACCCAAACCCAUAUGGUCUCACCUAAUUGAACCUAAAACUAUUUUUAACCCUAACAAUGCCAAGUAG